AUGAUCUUUCGCCCGGCCUCGAUCUCCGCGACCCUAUACCUAUCAUCUCUCCGCGUCACCACUUCAUCCCCCAACCCUGCUAUAAGAUGUCUAAUCUAUCGCUCAAGCGAGCGACACUUCUCACAGACCUCAGCAGCAUUCUCCCGGCGCGAUAGCCGACAAACCCACUACGACAUCCUCAAGAUCGCACCACACGCAACACAAGCUGAGCUGAAAAAGCAAUUCUACGUGCUUUCAAAGGAGACGCACCCGGACAUCAAUCCGAACAACCCGGACGCGGGCAAACGGUUCGCGCAGAUCAGCGAGUCAUACAGCGUGCUCGCAGACCCGGAGAAGAGAAAACGCUAUGACCGCGACGUGAUGCGCUCGCACCAGGCCCAUCGUCACGGCCAUGGUGGGCACAUGCAUGGCUCCCACUCGAGCCACCAGCAUAGAGGAGGCACCUACGCGGGCUCUCGGCCAGCUAGUGGACUGAGCAAGCGACGGAGCGCAUUCAAAGGGCCACCGCCAUCGUUCUACGCACAUGGGAAACCUACCGCGAACACGAUGAACCAGGCACGCGGAGGUCAGGGAGGAGCUAGACCUCAUCCGCAUAUGGCGGGGACAUUCAAUACCGGUGCGUAUACGGAGGAAGGGAAAUUCGAUCCGGCCUUCGAUCCCCGAAGUACAUAUAAAACGCAGACGCACGAAGACUACAGGCGUGCCAGUAGGCGGGCGGGGGAAUUAGCGGCAGCCCAAGCAGAAAUGGAGAUGGAUGACAAUUUCUGGGGAAGAUUUGUCCUCGUCUCGGUCAUCCUGGUAUUGAGUCUGUCGUUGGGGAGCCUCAUUGUUUCAGUGGCCAACACUCCUCGAGGCGGACUUACCAGAGGAGAUGGCAGUCGACGAGACGCGGCCCGAAAUGAUUGGACCAAAGGCUAA